AUGUCAUUAUCCAGUCUUUACAAGAUCAAGUAUAUCAAGGGUGAUAAUGACGAACGUUCUUUUAAUCUGACGGAAGGUAGUGCAUUGAAUCUUUGCGGCGACAGAUGGACCAUCUCUGACGAGGGUGAAGGAACUAGACUUCAUUUCCUUACAGAGAACAGCACUUCAUCAGAUUCAAAGGUAAUCAAACCUGAUCAGAUACUCGUCGCUCCUCGUUAUAAAGCCUCAGUCAUUGUAGCUCGGUCUGAAGGGAGUGAGGGCACAUCCACCUCUUCGCCCAGUCUUGAUAGUCCUUAUCAGGACUCAGAUACCAUAUCCACCAUGACGAUCGAUCCCCAAGAUGGGUCUGCACUAGAUCCUGUCGAAUCCGCGGAGGCCGACAAAGCAUCUUCGGCGACGUAUCGAUCUUAA